AUGGGCGAAUUUGAACAUAAAAAACAAACCAAACAGCCUACUCUUAAGAGACUGGAGGACGCCAUUAAACUUCACCGGGACGACAAAGGCCAGGCUGUAAUAAACCCCGCUUUAUUGGCUCUGUUCAGAGCAAGCAGUAGCGAACUGAGAAACAAAAUUCAAAAGAUAAGAGAACAACGCGACAUCGUGACUGAUCCUUGUUUAAAGAGACGCAAUCACAUGGAAAGAGGCGCAAAACGUGAUUUUGGAGUUUAUUUUCCAGUUGUAAGCGAUACGUAUGGAUUAACUUCCACAGUUCCAACCACAUCCAGUCCUAUUAACGACGUUAUCUGUCCCAAAGUAGCUGGUCUCCCGGUAAAAAUUUUUCUUGGAGUCAAAACAGUAACAAAUACAAAACCAACGACGGCCGCAACGACAAAAGUGACAGCUGCCACCCCUAAGCCAACCCCCGCCACUGCCAAGCCAGCAGUGGCUGCAGCAAACGCCGCGGCAGCUGCCAAAGCAGUAGCUAAAUCUAAGGCAGUGCAGGCUGCGAAAAAUGCCGUCGCUGCAGCAAAGGUCGCAGCAGCUAAUGCCGCAGCAAAAGCACAAGCGGCUGCAAACGCAAAAAAGGUUGCAACAGCCAAAGCAAUUGCCGCACAAAAAGCAGCUGCCAAAGCUAAGGCUGCAGCUGAAGCUAAAGCCCGUGCUGCUGCCAAAGCAAUAGCGGUAGCCAAGGCUGCCGCUGCGAAAAAAACUGCAGCAGCAGCUCAAGCAAAAGCAACGGCAAAGGUGGCAGCUGCAGCCGCAGCAUCGACGGCGGCUAAAAAGGCAACGGCUGCCAAGGUAGCGGCGAAAACGGCUGCAGAUGCAUCAAAGGCUCACGCCAAAGCAGCCAAACAAGCAGCACAAGCAGCAAAAGAAGCCGCAGCGGCAAAAAGUGCUGCUAAUGUCAAGGCACAAGCAGAUGCAAAAGCUGCGGCGGCGGCAGCCAAAGCGGCAGCAGCUAAAGCAGCCAACACAGCUAAAGCUGCGGCAGUUGCUAAGGCGGUGGCAAAAAGUAAAGCAGCGGUAGCAUCCAAGGCAACGUCAGCAGCAAAUAACGCUGCGGCAGCAAAAAGCCAGGCAGCAGCCAAAGCAGCUGUAGCAAACGCUAAGGCAGCUGCAUCAAAGAAUGUGGCCGCCGCUGCCAAGGCGGCAGCUAAAGUCAAAGCAGCUCAAGCAGCCAAAGCAGCUGCCGCCGCCAAAACAGCUGGUAAACCUACAGUGGCUCCAACAUCUUCAGCGACGCCCCCAGCUUCAUCUGCAACUGGAGUGACCACUGCAACAAAACCGACUGUGUCUACGAAGCCUGGAGCAGGUGUUACCACACCUCCAACCGUGGCUACCACUCCUAAACCAGCGACUACAGCUUCACUUACGAACAAACCGGGUUCUCCUCAAAAAUCGUUCAAUGCAGUGGUGCGCCUGCCCAGCGCCUCACACAAGCCGGUGUUGAACAACAAAAAUUCAACUCCGUUCAAGACACUUUCUAAUAAACUCUGAAACGUGGUAAACUCAGCUUUAAAGGGAGGCAAGGCCGUAACCGAGUGCCGUGUUCAGAGCUUCCGGUAGGUGUCAGACAACGAUUGCAGCGCCCAUGUUAACUUGAUUGUGUUGAGAGUUCCCACAAAAGUCUACGUAACAAACCGCAUGCUUUGAUAAAACUUAAGAGCUUUUCUGUGGACUGCCAGCAUUUCGGUUUUCGGCCCUUCUAAGUUUUUCCCUGUUCGAGCAGAAGGCAGAGGGAAUCUCCACUUGCACGACAAAGACUUGAGGGAAAGAGAGCAACUUACGCUGAAUGCUCUGCGGCAAAUAGACGGGUGCGUGAAUCAAAAUGUCACCCACGACACCCAUCAUUUUACAACGCCGGUCAUUUAACAGUUCGUGUUUCAAUGUGGUGAUCAAACGGUAGAAACAUUUUUAGCAAACUAUGUCGGAACCGCUUGCCAGACGUGUAUCAGAGAUUCAUUCUUACUAAGAACACGUUUCGAACACGUUAACUACUUUUUAUUACCUCAAAACUAAAAACCAGCCUGCCAAAGGUCAAUAAUUAAAACAUUUAAUUACUACUGAGCGCUGAUUUGUUGUUCUCUUGUAUUUCUGAUAGUCCUGG